AUGUCGUUGACUCCGCAAGACAAUUCGAGGUCAACCUUCUCGCAAUCACAACCGCCGCGCAACGCAUUUCAAGCUCAGCCAAAUCUGCCAGCCCCCUUACCGUCGCAACAACAGCAGCAGCAGCAACAACAACAACAGCAGCAGCGUGCUUCCUUUCCUCGUCCAACCCAAGGAGGCAUUCGCCCGCAGCACAAAUCUCCAUAUACUACACCCUAUACCCCGGCCAAUGUCCAGGGUCAAGCAGGAGCUCCCCGGCAGAAUGGCGUUCAGAAUGGAGGCCUUGGUGUCUCUGCAGAGCAGCAAAUCGCCCAAGGUGUCUUGAGUAACCCGUCAUCAGCCUCCGGAUCCAACACCCCGCAGCGAAGACCUCCCCCGCUAGGCACAACAAUUCAUAUGCCUCCCCAUGGCACUCCACAGAACCCACCGAUGAACAUCCAAACCGUCCAGAACCAAUCUAUGAGCGUCAAUCAUGCUAUGAACCCUACGUCAUCUAUGAACCAGAAUCAAAGAUCUCAAAAUGGGUCUCCGCUACUUUCGGGCAUGGGAGCUCAGCGACCGGUCAUGAAUGCUUCCCCAGCCAGCUCCUCCAUGUCUCGAACUCAAGAUGGUUCUCCACACGAUACGCAAGAUCUCUCUAUGAUUGAUCCUCAGCUAGCUAUUGAUCAGCAGCUUACGGCCGACCCCGACGAUUCCAUGAAUGAUUCGAUGCUCGUCCAGCAACCAAGCGAGGACACCCCGCCAAUUAUUCAAGGUGACAUGCUUUCAGCUCCACCUGGAGGUAGCUAUCCAACAUUCGAUGCACUGUUCGCACAUGCUCAAUCUCAUGCUCUCGCUCACGGUUAUGCAUUUGUCAUCGGAAGAUCUAAGCGGGAUAAUCGAGGUUUGAAGAAGGUCUUCUUAAUCUGCGAUCGAGGUGGAACAAACAAGGAGAAGGUCCCAGGCGAGCAGCGUCAACGAAAGACCAAGUCCCGGAAGUGUGGUUGCGAGUUUGGAGUUUUCGGUUUAGAGACUAAGACGGCUUGGAUCUUGAGAGGACGAAUCGACGGCGAGCACUUAACGCACAACCAUCCUCCCAGUGAGAGUCCUACAGAGCAUCCAGGAGCACGCAAACUUGAUCCAAAGGCUAUUGCUGCUGUGAAGGCUCUUGAAGAAAAUGGCGUCUCCGUAAAAGAAACCCUCGAAAUCCUGCACCGCGAGAAUCCCACGGUACGCUACCUUCCCCGCGAUAUUUACAAUGCACGCGCAGCCAUCAAGCGCGACCCCUCCCGCGUCGAAGCCACUGCCAUGGAACAGCUCCCCACGUUCUACAAGAAGCCACCCAUGACAUUCGAAGAGAAGCUUCGCGCAGAACUUAGGACCGAAGUAGCGAACGCACAAGCAGAGAUCGAGAAGACAAAGGAGGAAAGCCGGAAGGAGAUUGAAGAUUUAAAGGAGCAGUUGAGGGACAAGGAUAAGAUGAUUCGGAAGUUUGAGAUGUUUAUUGAUAUUUGUAAUGAGAGGGUUAUGGUGCAGAGGGUGAGGUUGGAGGGGGAGCCGAGUGAUAGUGUUCCUAGCUAG